CCAAGACGAGGGUCACGAUUAGGAGUAGAACCGGGACUAAGCCCGGGAUCAGGAUCGGGAUCAGAGGAUGUCCCGGGCGGAGGAGCGGGACGAGGCGGACUGUGUUUGUUCAGUCGGGAUGAAACUAACGUGGGACAUCAACGACCCCAAACUACCGCAGGACCUGAAGCAGUUUGACUCAUUUCAGGAGUGGACAGACGGUUACGUUCGUUACAUUUACAGCUCUGAAGAUAAAAAUGCACAGCGCCACCUGUCUGGCUGGGCGAUGAGAAACACCAACAACCACAACUGUCAGAUCCUGAAGAAGUCGUGUCUGGGCGUGGUGGUGUGUUCUCGCGGCUGCACGCUGCCCGACGGCUCCAGACUUCAGCUCCGCCCUGCCAUCUGUGACAAGGCCAGGCAGAAGCAGCAGAAGAAGCUGUGUCCGAGCUGUAACGCCUCUCUGGAGCUGCUGCCGUGUCGCGGGCACAGUGGUUACCCCGUCACCAACUUCUGGAGGGUGGACGGAAAGGCCAUUUUUUUCCAGGCUAAAGGGAUCCACGAUCACCCCAGACCAGAGUCAAAGUCCGAGACUGAAGCCAGAAGAAGUUCAGUGAAGAGACGAGUCAGUUCACCUCCAUUCACACCGAAGAGACGACUCAUCGAAACCCAGGCUCUGGGCCCUGCCCUCCUGUCCUGCAUGGAACCACCUGACAGAAUCUCCUUCAUUGAACCAAACUUCCCGCAGCAUUACACGGCAUUCCAGAGUCCAGAGCCCUACUACAACCCCCACAAUGCUCUGGGGGAGGCUCCACCCACCCUGCAGAAACCAGCCAAUCCCAGGCUCUACAUGGGCCGUCCUGGCUACGAGUUCCAGGGAUACCUGACCUCACCUUCAUAUCCUGUGACUUCUGACCUCUGUGACUCCAGGAUGACUCCGGUCAUGGGUCCCUCCUCCUCGUCUUCAUCAUCAGUUCCUCUCUCAUCCUCCUCCUCCUCCUCCUCCUUCGACACUCAGACAAAACCUCCUCCAGGCUGGAAGGAGCUGUUGAAGGGCUCCGCCCCCUAUGGAGACAACCACCACUACUACAGCGCUGACUAUCCCUGCCGUUACACAGGUAACACCCCGGGGUCACCUGCAGCGCUGCAGACAAUCAUCACCACGACAACCAAGGUGUCCUACCAGCCCUGCCCCAAGCCUUCGGCGGUGCUUCCUGCCUACCAGUCGUGUCCCAAACCUCCAGCCGGUCUGCCGUCGUACCAGCCAUGUACUCCGUCUAAACCGCCCGGUCUUCCUGGCUGCUCCUCGCUGCUGGACGACUCCGCGUCCUCCACAUACUCCACCGAGGUGAAGGUGACCGAGGAGUCAGGAGGAGUCAUCAAGUCUCUGUCGUUUCCACCAGAACCUCUGCAGACCAAGACAGAGCGAGCUGACGGCUACGACUACCGCUACGCCUACCCCAACACAUAUCGCUAUGACGACUACUGAUGCAGCUCCGCCCACUCUGUGACUGUAACCAUCAGGACCAUGACAAACAUCUGGAAAGUCUUGUUUCUUUCCUUGAUCUCAUUUCAGACUCUCCGGCUCCUCUCUAGCACCCCCUGCAGGAUAAGACCUAACAAAGUUUGUCAUGUGACCCUCCACAUUGUCAUGUGACCCCAGAAACAAAGCAGGUUAAUGUCAGUGUUGUGUGGUUUCAAAGAUCUACAGGAUUGGGUUUCAUUGAUCUGAUCAAUAAUGUUCUCUCCUGAUUGUUCCUGUUGUUUGGCUAAUUUAUUGGACCAUUGUGUGCUAAGUGAACCGGACUGAUUUGGACUGAUCUAUUCUGGUCAUGAAUGAAUGGGACUGAAUUAGACAGAACCAGUCUUGACUGGACUGGACUGAGGAUUAAUGACAUGUUGCGAUAUUCACUUGUCUUUAUCAAAUAAACAUGAAUGAGUGAA